UAAGUCUUUGUUAGGGUUUCAAAAGCGGUCAAAGCCGAAAACUUGAAAGAGGACAACAAACAACCAAAUCCAUAGAUCACCAUGACGACCUUCCGCUUCACGUUGUUGUCGUUGUUCUUUCUGUGGCUGUUUAGUACAACAUGUGUGCUGAGUUUGGUGACUGCCGACAAUGACAACAGUAAUGACAACAUUGACUAUGUCCCGGGUGUGGAUUAUUCGUGGCCCAUGCACCGUCACUCCAAUGCCCAUCCAUCCGAAGUGGAACGCCACAGACGAGUGCGACGGUACAAUCACUUUAUGCAGGGCUGUGAGCGCUUCUACGGCGGCGACGACCAAAAAUGUCGGGAAAGUGACGAGGAACGCAUAUCCAUGAUUCGAAGACAACCACCGCUCAUGAAAAACUAUACUGCGGCAGGAUAUGCCAAACUAAAGGCGCCCAUUAGUGCCUUUACCACUCUCAAAGAAUUCUACGAGACCCAUUCCAAGCAACGCUUACUCCGUGAGAAUUGGCCACCCGGAAACAUUUACACCAAUCAUUGGGCCAGUGCCACCAAAGUCUUGCCCUUGGAAGGAUUGCCCGGAACUACAGAACAACCAUCACUGACCGAAUCGCAACGCCACACCAUUCUAACACAAGUCCAAUCGGUGCUAGAGGCAUGGUGCAAAUUGCCAUUGGUUCCCACGUCGCUCUAUGGCAUUCGCGUCUAUCAUCGAGGAGCCGUACUAGCACCGCAUGUCGAUCGAUUGCCAUUGGUCAUUUCGGCAAUCAUCAAUGUGGCACAAACAAGUGUCACACAAGAAUGGCCAUUGGAGAUUAUUGAUCAUGGCGGUGUGGCACGAAAUGUGACGUUGCAACCGGGGGAAAUGCUCCUCUAUGAAAGCGCCUCGAUCAUUCACGGUCGCCCGUAUCCAUUGAACGGACAAUCCUACGCCAAUGUAUUUCUGCAUUUCGAACCCAUGGGACAUUCCAAACAGCAUUUUCAACUGCGAAAAGAUCCCAAACAAUUGUUUGAACAGGCACUCGACAAUCAACUCCAAAAGAUACAAGAGCUCGACGCUGCGGAAAUGACAGAAGGAGACCCACCACAACCCAAGCGUCCCUACUAUGUGCCUCACAAGAAACAAGAUGCGUGGGAACAAAAAUAUGUCUACGUCAAGAAACAUUCCAAACGCAGCAAUAGCAACAAGAAGAAUUCCAACAACAACAAAAACAGCAAUGUCGAUUUUAUUGGACAAAAUACCAACAAUAACAAGGGCAAUAAAAAGGGCAUGCAGCACAAAUUACAGAUGGACGAACAAGACGAACGACUCUUUCACAAUUUGGCCGCCAAAGGCAUGCUCGUACGCAUGAAGGAAAUGGUCCAGCAGGAUCCAACCGUUGUCACCAAGUCGGAUCACAAUGGCUGGUUGGCACUCCAUGAAGCGGCACGAGCGGGACAUACCAAAGUCGUCACAUACCUCUGUGGUUUGAUGGAUCAAGAAGAAAUAAAUACAAGAACCAAUGGUGGAAAAGGAGGGACGCCGCUGUGGUGGGCCAUGCAUAUGUUUCAGGAGGAUCAUCCCACUGUCAAGGCACUAGUCAAGAAUGGUGCAAAGAGUAUUGGGCCCGACACGGAAUAGAAUGAUUCAAACUACUAAAUACUAACAGUGUUUAUAGUCUAGAAGGAGCGAUCUAUUUUA